GCCCCAUAGAACCUAAAUCUAUUUACACGAAGAAAAGAUUAUGUAGCGAAAGAGAUUCUUAUUUAUACAAAUAACACUCGAGCAUGAGACGAGCAUGAAGAGAUUAGUGAUACUCCUUUAUCUUUUGAGUUGUUCUGCCGAAUCGGUCGCUCCAGAUCUUUGCUCUUUAUCCGCCGGAAAUUAGUAAACUUUAAUUUGAUUCUCAGCACUUACAAUAAACCAAUUAAUAUCUCAAGUCACAACUGCAGUGUAAAUCUUCUGCCCAUAAAAAAAAAAGGAAAAAGAAAAUUGAAGCAAGUACAUUAAUGUGAGGUUGGUGGUUUCCAGUGAGGUUGUUAGCUUAAUACAGGCAUGUUCCAACUUUUUAAACAAAAUAACUUUUUCUAUGAUUUGACUCCAAACUAUACUUAUUUUGAUUCCCACUUUGAACUACUAAUACCAAAUACUCCGGACCUUCUAUCUUAAGUCUUAAUUGACAGAAAGAAAAAAAAACAAUAAGGAAGUAGCCUCUAACAGAUUAAUUUAACAAGAAUAUGCAAAGGUUAUCAGCUUGUAUAUGGCAACUAACCAAUGAAACGUAUGACUCUAACUGAAUGAAAGAGACAGACCCUAACGAAUCUAUUUUCUUAUGUAAUAAAAAGAUGGAGAAUGACAAACUAACGCAAGUUAGCUAAAGCAAUGUGCCUAUAAAUUCUCUCUGAUCCAAUACAAACACAUCUACGAACUUGGAGUAGAUGUGUGUGUAGCAACUCGAACAAAGAAAGAGACCUAUUUCUAAAGUAGCAAAAAGAAGUAAGUAAUUAAAAUGGCCAAAUUUGGAGACUUGGGUAAUUUUCUAGUGUUGUGUAUAUUACUAGGAAUAGUGGGUUCAAGCCAUGCUCAGUUACAACUCAACUUCUAUGCGAAGAGCUGUCCACAAGCAGAGAAGAUAAUUCGAAAUUAUGUGCAAAAGCACAUUCCAAAUGCUCCAUCUCUUGCAGCUGCCUUGCUCAGGAUGCAAUUCCAUGAUUGCUUUGUCAGGGGUUGUGAUGCUUCUGUACUCCUGAAUUUCACUUCGAGCACAAAAAACCAGACUGAAAAAGUGGCAGUUCCUAAUCAAACACUUAGAGGCUUCUCAUUCAUCGAUGGUGUGAAGAAAGCAGUUGAAGCUGAAUGUCCUGGCAUUGUCUCUUGUGCAGAUAUUGUUGCCUUAGUUUCUAGAGACUCCGUUGUGGUCACAGGAGGCCCUUACUGGAAUGUUCCAACUGGUAGAAGAGAUGGAAGAUUAUCAAACGCCUCGGAAGCCUUGGCCAACAUCCCUCCUCCAACUAGUAACUUUUCCAGUCUCCAGACUUCUUUUGCCAGCAAGGGUCUUGACCUAAAAGACUUGGUCCUGUUGUCUGGCGCGCAUACCAUUGGAGUCUCGCACUGCCCGUCAUUUUCAUCACGUUUAUACAAUUUUACCGGAGUUUGGGGUACACAAGAUCCAUCUCUAGACAGUGAAUAUGCAGCGAAUCUUAAGAUGAAGAAAUGCAAAUCAAUCGAUGACAAUACGACAAUUGUCGAAAUGGAUCCAGGCAGUUCCAGUAAAUUUGAUCUCAGCUACUAUAAGCUUGUGCUCAAGAGAAAAGGGCUACUCCAAUCUGAUGCAGCCUUGACAACAAGUGCGACAACAAAGUCAUACAUCAACCAGCUAGUACAAGGAUCACUCCAACAAUUUAAUGUUGAAUUCGGUCUAGCCAUGGAGAAAAUGGGCAGGAUAGAAGUCAAGACCGGCUCUGCUGGUGAGAUUAGGAAGCACUGUGCAGUUGUGAAUAGUUAAGAGCAGUCCUUGCACUUUGUUCCCAGCUUCCAAAUAUUUUGUGUUUGUAUUUGUGUGUGAUUUAUUUGGGUAACAUGUAUUAUGUCUAUUAUUGUGUACUUAUUCCAAUUUAUUCUUGUAUAUCGAUGGUUUUCUGAAAUAAAACUGAGA